AUGAGCGCACCCAGGCCGUCGACAGACGAGGAAGAUGCGCCUCUCCUCGAGCGCGAUGGCGAGGCGUCGUCGCCAAUGUCAGCGACGCUCGAGCGAGUCAAACAAGGGAGCCUGACGCUGCUCGAGAAAGUGCUCAUCGGCAUUGCCCUCUUCUUCCUCAUCCUCGCCGCCGUCUUUCUCGGUCUCUUCGCGGGCAGUGUCGCCAAGCCACCGCCGGCUGUACAUCAUCCGGUCACUACUUCGCUCUUCGCGACUGCAACUGCAACGGUCACGCCAACGAGCACGGUCAUUGCCUCACCUGCACCCACAAAGCGGCCUGACAAUCGCAACGAUGAGACUUGUCUUACGCCAGAAUGUGUGCAGAUUGCGGCUUCACUCAUUGCCUCGAUGGACACCACCGUCGACCCUUGUGUCGAUUUCUUUGCCUUUAGCAAUGGCGGAUGGGUCAAGGACCACCCCAUCCCAGAGGACAAAGGCGACUAUGGGACCUUCAAUCAGGUCACCGAGAAGAACGAUCGCGUGAUAAGAGGCCUACUCGAAUCGACACUCAAGCCAGAUCUCGACCCUGCAGAUCGCCGCAACAUUGUCAAUCUUCAAAAUCUCUAUCAUUCGUGUCUGAACGAGGAACAGCUGGAAUCUGUAGGCGCCGAGCCUCUGCUCAGACUGGUCCAGACCGUCAUCGAUCAUUUCUCGCUCGUCAAGCCGGCAUCAGAGAGCGAUCAGCUCGUCUGGACGAGUGCGCCAGCCGAUCAAGCCGCGCGACGAAAGAGACUUACCUCCACCCUGCUCUACCUACACGCUCACGACAUCACCAGCCUGUUCGACUUUGAAGUCGACGGUGAUGUCGUUGUCGAUCCAGACACCAUGCGGCUCUAUCUCGGUCAAGGCGGUCUCGGUUUGCCAGACAAGGAAUACUACGCUCCCGGCGAACCCAUCCUGGAGCUCUACGAGAGCGUCGUUGCCAAGGUCCUUGCUAAUGUCCACGAUGGUCUCGAGAUAAAGGCAAAGAGCACGAGCUGCUUAGAUCCGAGCAAGAGCGGGAGCCGCCUGGCUGCUGCUCAAAAAGCUGCAGCUCAUGUCGUUGCAUUCGAAGGCGCACUGGCAAAGAUCAGCCUGAGCAAUGUCGAGCUAUACGAUCCAAAGGGCACCUACCAUCCCCGCAAUCGCACCGAGCUAUCUGCCCUGCUACCCUACAUCGAUCUGGGCGACUACUUCAGCGGCCUGUUCCCUCGGCCUUUCUUCCCAGAUCCAGUGAUUGUGCAAACGCCGACAUUCUUUGCCAACCUGAGCAAACUCAUCGACGACACCCCCGAUGCCACCCUGCAGUCUUACUUUGUCUACCACACUGCUAGCCGAUACGCAAGUGCGAUCGCCCCAAGUCAGCCUAUCGCCAAGGAGCUCAAGCGCCUCAACAAUGCUCUCAAGGGCGUCGAUGCAUCCAUCUCUACCCCACGUUCGGAGACAUGCCUCAAAGCGACCCUGAAUUAUGCUAGCAUCUUGGCCGGUCGAUAUUUCGUCCUCGAAGCUUUCCCCGGCCGGUCGAAAGAAUAUGCCGAAGAGAUCAUCGAUGCUCUUAUCGAGGCCUACAAAGAGCGCUUGAGUGAGGUAGAAUGGUUCGACAAACACACCGCCAAAGUCGCCGUCGAGAAAGCGUCUCUCAUUCAGCGCAAGAUCGGCUAUCCUACUUCGCCCGAUACAGAGUCGCCAGAAGCGCUCGAGCGAUACUAUGCCCUGAACGGCCCCUUCAACGCAACAGACUUCUUCGGCAAUGCUUUCAGAUCCAUCGUAGCAGAUUCGAAGCGCUUUUGGGCUCAUGUAGAGACCAAGCGUAAUCGUGGUGAAUGGGAGAUGCCCGCCUUCCUGGUCAAUGCGUACUUCAAUCCGAGCGCAAACGAGAUCGUCUUUCCAGCUGGUAUCCUGCAGAUUCCUUUCUUCUCUGUCGAUUUCCCAGAGUACCUCGCUAUUGGGGCAUUCGGCAGCGUCGCGGGCCACGAAAUUGGGCACGCAUUUGAUGCCUCGGGACGACAAUACGAUGGUCACGGCCGAUUGACCGACUGGUGGUCAAAUUCGACCGUCGAUGCAUUCAAGGAGCGCGAAAAGUGCUUCCUGAAGCAGUACGCAAACUAUACAAUCAUCGGACCGGAUGGUAAGACCUAUCAUAUAAAGUCUGGCCAGACUAUCGGCGAAGAUCUGGCCGAUUCUGGCGGUCUGGCUCAGAGCUAUCGUGCUUGGAAGUCUCGCUUCGAGUCUGAUCCUGACGGCAAAAAGUAUGCCAACUUCAAACUGCCCGGCCUGAAUUACACGCGCGAGCAGCUCUUCUUUCUCUCGUACAGUGCUUCCUGGCGCAACCAUGCACGCGCUGCAGAAAGAGUGCGGAGGAUCAGGAGCGAUCCACACUCGCCGCCAUACUAUCGAGUUAUCGGGCCGCUGCAGAACUCGAUGGAAUUCAGGAAAGCAUUCAACUGUCCGGCCGAUUCGCCGAUGGUCCGCAAAAAUCCAUGCACGAUCUGGUAG